GGACGGAGUGUAAUGGCGUUCCUAGUAAUUUUAUUAUUGGUGUGAGAUAUUGCGUGCACGUAUUUAUGUUGAGCAUAAAUAAUAAAGUGGAUGAUAAUAAGUUAUUGGCUCCACCGAUAUUAUAUUACGGUAGUUAUUGACUUUAUUCCAUUUGCAAAUUCACAGAACUAGGUUCUCGGAAUAUGGUAUCCAUUUUGUGAUCAACCUUGUUGUGUGGCGCUUUUGAUUAAAAUGGGAGCACCGAUUCACACCUGCAUUCCUGAAGGAAAAAUUGUUCUAAUUCACUCUUAAAAGAGUGAUGGACUCCUACAAUAUAUUUGGUGAUGAUGGAAGCGGUAUGUUGGAAGGACUCACUGAUCUUGGCGGAUCAGACAGUUUUGCCGGUAAUUCGUCAUCUGGGGUAGCUGGAGAUAAUAAAGAUGCGUCAGAUAAUAGUUACAGGCAACCCUAUAAUCAGGGUAGCGCAACACAAGAGGGUGCCCUACAAAAACUUCCUCCAUUUGGGAGUACUAGUGGUGGUGGUAUAGCUGGUCCCCAACCAGUUCCGACACCGGGCGGUGGGCCCCCUGCACCAGAAUACCACGACUAUGGAGCCUAUCCACCAAGGCCUCGUCUGCCACAGCCACCGCAUGGUCCUCUUCAUCCGCCGCAUCAUGUACACCCCUCACAUUCAUAUCCUGGGUAUCACCCAGGACCUGAUCCGAUGUAUGGCAUGCCAGAACAACCAGGUAUUGGAGACAUGUGGUCUGGUGCACCAGCAGCUAAUCGCUACGCUCCUAUUGCUCCAGGCUAUCGACACUCGUAUGAACACCAACAAAAAAUACACCAAUACCCCCCACAACAGGGUCCUGGUAUAGGCGGAAUUCAAGCACAAAAUGGUGCAUACCUACCGAGGCAACCUCAUUUCUCUCAACCGACAUCACAACAACUUUAUGGGCAGCAGCAGAAUUAUCCAAACUAUACACAAAUGCAUCCUCCAGCGACAUCGAGGAUUAAUCAACAUCCUUCGUACCAUCAACAAAUGGAUGUAAAUCCACAUCAGUAUGGAUUACCCCAUGGACAACAUGCUGCAGCGGCAAGUCACGCUGGCAUGCCACAACACCAGUCUCAUCAGAAUAUGGCUAGCCAUGCUGCCGGCAUUGGCUCGGGCAUCCAAGGCCAUCCAAAUGUCCAUCUUCACCACGCGGGAGCACCUCCUCUUCAUCAUGUGCCUCGUCAGCCUCCUGUUCCACCAUCAUCUGUGGCUCCUUCGCAUCCAGUCCCAUCACAGAUGCCCUAUGCCUCGCCUCAUCAUUCUGUUUCAAUGAAUUACCAGUCUCAUCAAGUUCAACAUCCUCUUGAUGUGAAUGUUACGAAUCAAUAUACUGUAAAGCCUGCUGGUAUCGAAACUGGAAGUCCUCAAUACCGUCCUCCUUUCCCCCAAUUAUCUCCUCAAAUGUCUCCAAGAGCACAGAUGUCACCAAGACAACAACCACAACCUCAAUUGUCUCCGAGGCCUGUGAUGUCACCAGUGAAAGGUCCUAGCGCGUCGCCUCAUGGUCCUCGUAACGUAGCGCAGUCACCAGUUUCUUCUGGCCCACCGCCAUCCACAAGUUCAUUCACAACACAAAAUACGCUUCAAGCUUUAGAACAAAUGGUUUUACCCACUGGUGGAGAAUAUUCAUAUCAACGCAACCCAGCGUCGCCUGCUGUGGGUCACGUCGUGUCUUCACCGUCUCAGUGGAGUCAAAACAAAAUACCGACACCUGUUAGUAAUAAUGUAACACAGAUGGAAGUUAGUGAUCAGUCUAAUAAACCUAUCGAUACUCCACCGCCAGUGCUGGCUUCAAAACAACCAGAAGCGGUAAAAAUUGCGACAAAUAGUGGGGUUGAUUUGAAAACUACAGAAAAGCCUGAAAGUGAUAGAGCUGAUAGCGUAAACUCCGCAAAUACUUUUACACCGCCCGUUGGCAUUAAUAACAUUCCUAACGACGGAAUUCCAAUAAAUACAUCUAAUAACUCUACAAACGCCGUAAAUUUGCCAAAAAUGUCGACUGACUUGGAAUCACAUGAUAAAUUGUCUCUUGAGCAGCAAUCUAGUAAAAUUGUGCAAUCUUUACAAACGGAUGAAGAAGAAACCAGUGAAAAAAGUGAUGUCUCCAAAUUAAAUAAAAAUGAACCGAAUAUCGAAUCUAAUCAAACGUCGACGGAUAGUUCAAAUGGAUCAGGAAGUAACGAACAAUUAUUGUGCCCUACGAAGACUUUACCUCCUACUAGCACAAAUAAUGCUGCUCCUUCUGGUGAGCAUACACAAAACAUUUCACAACAUAGUAGUAUGCAUUUACCUAUGAACCUCCCACAUCCAGUACACACAUCCAAUACGAUGGCAAACUCGCCUCUGCAAACAAUGAAUGUUAAUAGAAAUCAAGGUUAUCCAACUCAGAAUAUUACUCCUACGAUGCCUAUGAUGCCGCAGAGCACACCUUCAAACCUUCCACCAACUGUACCAUCUAGUUUGCAAAGCAGCACAGCCCAUAAUGUUUCUACUUCUUUCCAAAAUAGUCCUACAUCUGGAACUCAAGCAGGGGCAAAUGUUCAAUCUAAUAAUCCUAUACAACACCCAAAUGUUCCAAACAAUGUGUCUUCAAGUAUACCUGGUCAUACUCCACAAAACAAUUUGCCAUGUAUACCACCAACAAUUACGAAUAUGCCAGGAAAUUUGCAGCCAAAUGUACCCAAUGUUCCGAGUAACAUACCGAUUGGAUCGUCAAAUGCACCUGCAAGUAUACCAAACGUUCAAGUAGGUAUGCCAAUAGGAGUUCCAGGAAUGCAUCAAAAUAUGGGUCCCAAUAUGCCACCAGGCCAAACUAAUAUAAUGCCAAACAUGCCUCACAACCUGAGUCCAAAUAUAAUGAUGUUGGGACCUAAUACAAUGCCACAUCCAAAUAUGCCAAGUAUGUAUCCGACAUCUCAUCACCAAGAAAGAGUUUCGUUGCAGCAACAGAUACAAGAAAUAUAUUGCUUGCCUCCGUCAAAUGAAAACCAAGAGAAGGUUAGAUGUCUACAAGAAAGAAUGGCUUUAUUACAACAACAUGAAACAAAUGACAAAUGUAACGGCGGUCCUAAUUGUGUUUUACAAAAUCCAGUUUAUGGAUCGAAGAUGGUGGAAAGUCCUCAAGUAACCAGUACUACGGGUCGUGGACGGGGGAAAGGUCCAGCGAAGCCUAGAAAACCAAGAGCCAAGAAAGAAAAAAUAAUACCUGCUAUACAACCUCUUGACCAACUACCUGUGUCUGAAGACUGUGUGACAGCUGGUACAGGAAUUCAAAACAAUACCGAAUUGGAUCCAGAAUUAAAUGAAGAUAUGACAAAUUUGGAUAGUAGUGCGCUAUCUAUCGACGAUGGUGCAAAGGUGAAAAAACCGAGAGGUCCUCGUAAAAAUAAGGAAAGGAAACCAAGAACUCCAAAAGAGCCUAAAACUGGUAAGGACGGUGAUAAACCAGUAAAAGAACGCAAGAAACGUGAGCCCAAAGAUCCAAAUGCUCCAAAAAGAAAAAGGAAUACUAAAAAAGAAGGAACUGAAGUACUAGCAGAUACUACAACAGCCUACGAUUUUUCUGAUAAGGACGGUGACAGUAAGUCGGCUGACCAGACUUUACUGAGUAAAAGUUUAAUCGGUACGGAUGCAACAAAGAGCAAUUCAGAUUUGCCCUGUUUAGAUGAUACUAAUGUUACCGAUUUUGAUGAUAUUCCAGUGUCAAAAAUUGCUAUUAAAGAUUUGCUUGAAGAAGCAGAAGCAAAGAGAGACCAAGAAGAAAAAGACGACGAUACGGAUUCAGUAAAUCAAAAAAGAAGAUCAAAGAAACGUUCUUCGGCAGGAAGUAGUUGUAAAAAAAUGGCCUUAAAAAGGACUCCCGGUGGGCGAAGAAAGCGGCGUGGUGGAUUAAUACCAGACUCUGAUGGAGAACCUGAUGAUUUAAUGUCGACUCCACCACCUUCUCCACCUCCAGAAGGCGAUGACAGCUUGAAAAGACGUUCUGCUAGAAACACUCAGCGAAAAAAAUAUACUGACGAUGUUAUGCUACGAUUGUCAGAUGAUGAGUUUACAAUGUCUACUCCAAAACAAGACAAAGAAUUUAAAUCUGAGGUCCUCAAUUCUGAAGCUAAAGACGUCAUCAGGCCUGACGGGACACCAAAACCUAAUUUUAUGUAUGUCAAUACUACGGACGAAGAUGCUAUGAUUGUUCAACAUGUUUUAGCAAGCAGAAUGGGCAAAAGAGAAUUAAAAAUAGAGCAACCGCCUAUUGAAGCCGUCCCUAAAACGGAACAGGACGAGAGCACGCACUCUGACGAAACUAAAACUGAAACUGAUAAUACACAAGUUCCUUCAGAAACUGUUUUGGAAAAUACUAGUGUAGUUGAAAAUAUUAGUGCCAGUCGGGAAGAACUAAGCGAUAAUAAACAUAUUUCAAGUUGUGAUGAAACUAAAGAAGAAAUUGUUAUAAAUAACAAAGAAAAUAUAGUUGAAGAGAUAAAAAUAGAAGAACCUGAUAAAUUGGAGGACAAAGAGAACGGUGAUAUAAAAAAUAAAAAGCCAGUUAUGGUUGAUGUUGAAGAAUAUUUUGUCAAGUAUCGUAAUUUCUCGUAUUUACAUUGCGAGUGGAAGACUGAAGAAGAACUUUAUAAAGGAGACAAGAGAAUUUUUUCUAAAAUUAAACGUUUCAAACAAAAACAAGCGCAGCAGAUGAAUAUAUUUGAAAUGCUGGAUGAUGAACCUUUUAAUCCAGAUUAUGUCGAAGUCGAAAGGAUUUUAGAUAUGUCGGAGAAUCAAGAUCCCGCAAAUAAAACUGUAGUAAAACAUUAUCUAGUAAAAUGGAAAAGCUUGCAAUAUGAAGACAGCACUUGGGAAUUGGAGGAAGAUAUCGAUGUCGAUAAAAUUAAGCAAUAUAAAAUAUUUAGUGAAAUACCGCCUAAAGAAAAAUGGAAAUAUAAGAAAAAACCAUCUGCCGAUCAUUGGGUACAGUUGAAAGAGUCUCCCCUCUACAAAGGCGGUAACACAUUGAGACCUUAUCAGCUCGAAGGGCUUAAUUGGCUAUUAUUUUCGUGGCACAAUAACCGUAAUUGUAUUUUAGCAGAUGAAAUGGGUCUUGGCAAGACUAUCCAGAGCUUGACUUUUGUUAACUCUGUCUGGGAAUAUGGUAUAAGAGGGCCAUUCUUAAUUAUAGCGCCGUUGUCGACUAUUCCCAAUUGGCAGAGAGAAUUUGAGGGAUGGACUGAUAUGAAUGUUGUUGUCUAUCAUGGCUCCCAACAAAGCAAAAGUAUGUUACAGGAAUAUGAAUUUUAUUACAAAAAUGAGAAUGGUGAACCAAUAAAAGAGAUUACAAAGUUUAACGUUUUAAUAACUACGUUUGAGAUAAUCGUCACCGAUUUCCAAGAGCUGAAAUCUUUUAAUUGGCGUAUAUGUGUCAUAGACGAAGCUCAUAGACUAAAAAACCGCAAUUGUAAAUUGUUGGAAGGAUUAAGACAACUUCAUUUAGAACACAGAGUACUGUUAUCUGGCACUCCAUUGCAAAACAAUGUAAACGAAUUGUUUUCACUAUUGAACUUUUUGGAACCAACUCAGUUUGCAAGUAGCGAUGCAUUCCUUAAUGAAUUUGGUCAACUAAAAACAGAAUCUGAAGUAGUAAAGUUACAGGCUUUACUAAAACCUAUGAUGCUAAGAAGGUUAAAAGAAGACGUGGAGAAAACGCUGGCUCCUAAAGAAGAAACCAUAAUUGAAGUUGAAUUGACAAACAUACAGAAAAAAUAUUAUAGAGCAAUAUUAGAGAGAAAUUUCAGUUUUCUGGCAAAAGGAACUGCAUCAGCUGCAAACAUUCCUAAUCUGAUGAAUACCAUGAUGGAACUCCGAAAGUGCUGUAUACAUCCAUACCUUUUGAAUGGCGCAGAAGAUCAAAUACAGUUUGAUUACAAACAAGCUCAUGGAGAGGAUAAAGAAGCAUACUACAAAGCUCUAAUUCAGUCUUCCGGUAAAAUGGUGUUAGUAGAUAAAUUAUUGCCAAAACUAAAAGCCGGUGGACAUCGCGUUUUAAUAUUCAGCCAGAUGGUCAGAUGUCUGGAUAUUUUGGAAGAUUAUCUACUUUAUAGAAAAUAUCCUUUCGAAAGAAUUGAUGGGCGAAUAAGAGGGAACUUGAGACAAGAAGCUAUUGAUAGAUUUUCUAAACCUGAUUCUGAUAGAUUUGUAUUUUUGCUGUGCACUAAGGCUGGAGGCCUGGGUAUUAAUUUAACGGCAGCAGAUACUGUCAUAAUUUAUGAUAGUGACUGGAAUCCUCAAAAUGACUUACAAGCUCAAGCUCGCUGUCAUCGUAUAGGUCAACAAAAAAUGGUGAAGAUUUAUCGGCUUAUUUGUCGUAAUACUUAUGAAAGAGAAAUGUUCGACAAAGCAUCCCUAAAAUUAGGGUUAGACAAAGCUAUAUUGCAAAGUAUGAAUACGGCUCAAGGAAAAGAGGCAGGCUUAAAACAACUUUCAAAGAAGGAAAUAGAGGAUUUGCUCAAGAAGGGAGCUUAUGGAGCAGUCAUGGAUGAAGAUAAUGCAGGUGACAAAUUCUGUGAGGAAGACAUUGAGAUGAUAUUAGCACGAAGAACCCAAGUUAUUCAAAUGGAAUCUGAAAAAGGAUCUACAUUUUCCAAAGCUAGUUUUGCUGCGACUGAUCAAAGAUCCGAUAUUGAUAUUAGAGACCCAGAUUUCUGGAAUAAAUGGGCAAAGAAGGCAGAAAUUGACACCACUGAGAAAAAAGAAGACGAGGACCUCAUAGUAACAGAACCUAGAAAGCGCACCGUCAUUAAACGAUAUGGACAUGAUGAUGGACCAAUGGAAAUGUCCGAUAUGGAAGCGACACCAGAUUCUGACGAAGAUGAAGAUGGCAUUAGCUUGAGGAGUAAAAAGAAAAAGGACAAACUCGGCAGAAAAGGCAGACGUUACGCCAGUGACGACUACAUUCCUCGCCAUGAAGGGGUACCAGUCGAUGAAGAAGUUGUAUAUGGGUCAUGGACUAGAUCUGAGUGUUUCAAAAUAGAAAGAGGACUUCUCACGUUCGGUUGGGCACGUUGGGAAGAAAUUGUUGAUAAAAAUCAAUUUAGAAAAGGCUGGACGAUACCUGUCAUAGAAGACUGCGCGCGUAUCAUCGUAUUAUAUUGUUUACGGCACUACAAGGGUGAUGAAAAAAUAAGAAAUUUUAUUUGGGAUUUGAUUGAGCCUUGUGAAAAUGGUGAAGUUACAAUAUCCAGAAAUCAUAGUGGGCUUCAUAAUCCGGUACCUCGAGGCAGAAAUGCAAAAAAGAAAAAUAGACCUAAGGAUAUACCAAAAGUGACUGAUAUUCAGAAAUGGGAAGACUCCAACCAUUGGAGUUCUGCCGAAAAAUAUGACUGUGAAGCUUAUUUAGAAAGUAGUUACAAAAAGCACCUGUACAGACAUGCCAACAAGGUACUGCUGCGAGUUCGCAUGAUGUAUUAUAUCAAACAUGAAGUCAUAGGUGAAUAUGCUGUGCAGAUAGAGAAUGGGACUCAUGCCAGUUCCCUGGGAAUGCGAGUGCCCCGUGGAGUGGACAGCGCGCCGCCACGGCUGUGGUGGGACUCUGAGUGUGACGUGUCGCUGCUGGUGGGCACCUACAUCCACGGCUAUGAGAACUAUCUCGCCAUGCGCUCCGACCCCCAGCUGUGUUAUGUCGACAAAUUGGGUCCCCCUGAUGAUGCUGAGUGCACCGAUAUCAAAAGCGAAGAGCGUAAAGUUCGAGGCAGCGGUGUGGGCGACGAGGACUGCACAGAUGACGUGUCGAGCGGCGCCGGCGCCACGUCGCCCGCCGCGUCACCGCGGCCCGACGACGACACCGCGCUCGGCGGCGGCGGCCUGUGGCCCUCCAUGCAGGACCUCAACACGCGUCUGCGACGGCUCAUCACCGCCUACCAGCGCAACUACAAGCGUGAAGAACUCAAAUUACAGCAAAGAGCUAAGAUGGAACGACGAGAACGUAUGGACCAACUGGCUAGAGACGAAAUGUCGCAGUGGCGAUGGACGCGGGCUGACGAAGAAGCUUUCCGUCGCACAGUCGCGUCCUACGGGGUGGAGUUCGAUCCGGCUACGAAAAGUCUACGAUGGAGUCGCUUUAGAACAUUAGCUCGCCUCGACUCGAAGAGCGACGACGCCCUAACCGACUAUCUGAAAGCCUUCAUGGCGAUGUGUAAGCGUCAAUGCGGUCUCUCGGUGGGUGAAGCUGAAUUACCCACGCGGGCCGAUUUAAAAGCAGAACCUAUCGGGGAAGAGAGAGCUAUUGCUACUUUGGAAAGGAUCGACUUGUUGCGCGUGCUGCGCGAGGAGGUGGCGCCGCACCCGGCGUUGGACGCGCGCCUGGCGUUGUGCGAGCGCUCCAGCGACGCGCCCGCCUGGUGGCAGCCCGCCAGGCACGACAAGCUGCUGGUCUUGGGAGUUUGCAAGCACGGUCUGGGUGACACUUAUAAUAAAUUGUUUUGUGAUCAAAAACUACCUUUCGCGGAUUGCGCUAGAAAAUGGUAUGCGAAUCACAAAGCGUCUACAAAAACUGAGUCACAGAAAAUGUCUUCCGACGAAGAUGAGGGUUCCAUUUCCGAAACCCGGAUGUCUCUGCGUCGCAGUAAGCGCACCAAUCCGGAGCGAGAAGACGACGAUACCGACGCGCUCUCCGAACUAGAGACGCUCGCUAAAUUGGGAAGGAUAGAAGAAUCCCUCUCGCCCGAAUAUUGGUUUUCGGAAAGAGCGCUCGAGACGAGACUCCACCACAUCGCUCACGCCGUACAAAACUGCGAAUGGCCGUCCACGACGAUCGCAUCGAAAGAUAUUAGUCGAAGCGGCCAGACGGAUUCGCAGGAAGGAAGCGGGAAGCAAAAUCAGAAGCGGCACAUCGCUAUCGACGUGGAGACGGAGCGUGCUAAGCUCCACGCGCUGCUGUCGUCGCCGGCGGCGGCGCACGCGGCCAGCCGCGAGCCGGCGCGCACGGCCGAGCGCGACGACGCGUCCAGCGACUCGGGCUCGCGCCGCUCCACGCCCGCGCCGCCGCCCGCGCACCAGCGCGUGGCGCCCUCGCCUGCGCCGCAACCCGCGCCCGCCGCCGCCGCCGCCACCGCGCCCGUCGAUCUGUCGGCGCCGCUUGAUCUGAGCGAGGUGCAAGAUUUCUCGAUGGGACGACGUACACCUCAAACUACCGAAAGUUCCUCCUCGACCCCGGCCAGAAGUCGACUGGAUGAUACCCUUAGCAGACUUAUGAAAAGGAAGAAUGUGCCUGCACCGGAACAAAUCGUCGGAAAGGAGAAGAAAAGAAAGAAAUUGGACGAGAUUGUUCUGGGAUUGUCAGCUGCUAAAAGUCACACAUCGAGCCCGAGUCCGAGCGAGCCCGCGCGAAGCCGUAGCACGUGCAUCUUGCCUGACGUGACGGUUACGCCAGCCACCUCCGCUACUUCAACGCCUAUGCCGCCUACUCAAAAACCUUUUUCCGUAACUCUCACUAACGUUCCUUCACCCCAGGCUACUUCAAAAGAAUUAUCGUCUUUCUUGCAACAAUCUUUGGAACAAACUAACAAAGCACAGAAGGCUUCCUCGUCCGCAGUGCCAAUGAAAUCAUAUUCUCAUGAAGCUAAAGUAAAUAAAUGGUUAGCAGAACAAGCUAGCGUUGAUACUCGGCGGCGAGGAACAGCGCCGUGUCUAGCACCUGACGAACGUGUGCCGGUCGUACAUCGAGUCACAGGCAAACGAAUAGUCGGUCACAAAGCUCCACAGUUAAAGCAUUUAGCGCAAUGGAUAGCUGAGAAUCCUAUGUAUGAUAUUGAUUCUAAAUGGACAGAAGGAAUAAAAGAACACGUCAAAUUACCCCAAGAUGUACGCACUCAACGACAUUCACCAAUGCAGUCAACCAGUACUAUGGGUGAGCGCAAGAAAGGUAGGCCACCCACACUCGACUCUACUUCAACUAAUGUAUUGUCAUCAAAUGCACAUUUAAAUCAAAACAUGGCAGGGUUAAAUCCUGCUCUUUUAGCAAGCUUGUCUAGUUUAAGCGCCUUUGACCCCAAGACGUUGGCAGCAACUUUAUCAAACUUGACAGGAUUUGACCCAAAAUUGUUAAAUACGUUUGAUCCAAAAUUACUUUCCAGUUUAAGUAGUUUUGAUCCAAAAAAUAAUCCAUUAUUGAAUUCUUUCGGCAGUAUGCCUAAUUUAUUGGGGAAUUUAGCAGGAGGAAACAUAUUCGCAAAUCUGGCUGGAUUAGGACUUCCAGGAUUUUCGUCUCUAGACAUGAACGCAUUGGGUGGAGCUGGUACUUCAGCAGAUAGUAAAUCAAAGUCUUCAACAUCAACAUCAAAGAGUGGAAAUGCGUCUAGUACGAAGUCAUCAAGCUCACAAUUUCCUUUUGUGUUUCCUAAUCCCAACAUGCUUUACCCUCAAUUAGGUUUAAGUGGUCUUAAUCCAUUUGGCAUGCACACAGGCAUGUCAUCCGCAUAUGAUGCUUUAGGAUUGUUGAGCAAUAAUCUAGCUGCAAGCUCAAGUGCAUCCAGCAUGCAUAGUUCCGGUCACAGUUCCACCCGCAGCAGCACAAAAACAACGACUCCUAGAUCAUCAACAGUAGUAACUAAUUCCGGAAGUUCUCGUCAACAAAAAGUACCGGAACGACAACAAUCGAGUCAGUUGCCACAGAUAUUGUUGCCCCCAGACCCCUAUCUUUUAGAAUCUCUUUCUAAGCAAUCAUUAAAUUAUGAUUCUAUACUUCGCGGAGACAAAAGGAGCCGCGAUAGUGAAAACCAUGAAUCGACAGCUACUGAUCUGUCCAAAGCAGACAAAAAAAAACCGCCGUUUGAUGCAUUACGAUCACAAGUUCCGCCAGAAUUUGCGGCAGUUCAAGAGAAACUAUUGAAGGGAGACAAAAAAGAUAUAGAUAUAAGUAAAAUGUUAUUAGAACAAAUGGCUUCUGGGGCCCUUAGUGCCAGUCUCGUGAGUUCAUCUGAAGCCAAACGAAAUAAAGAAUCCGAGAAAGAUUCUUAUGAAAAACUCAAUAAGAAUUCGUCUGAAUAUGUAGCAAGAACAUUAUCAUCUGAUGAUGGGUCAUCUACUGUGUCACUACCACACAAGAGGACACACGAAGAAAUGAUAAGUGAGCCAGAAAAUUUAGCCUUACAAUCAGCAGAUUUAAAUCAAGCUAAGAAAUUGAAGGAGUCUUCAUCCGAAAACAUUGACAAACCGACUGAUCACCCUCCUACACAUACAGGAGAAAUGGAUCUUGAAGAUUUAAUUGCACCAUCUACAGUAAUUAAAACCGGUAUGAAAACCAGUGACUUUGAAAGUAACCUUCCUAAAAUGACAACGACUGAGUGCCCUUCGCCAUCCACACCUGUCAAUAUGGAAAGAGAAGAAAAAGGACAGCAAAAUUUGCCAAGCCCUUACCGGGAUCUUGAUUCAAAUAUGCAGGCUGGUAAUGAUAAUAGCCAAAAUGCUGAAGGCAAUAACAAACUAGAAAAUGAAAAUAAGGGCAAUGAAGACGCGUCUUCAAAUGACACUGGACGUAGAGCAAACAAGAAAAAAGGACGUAAAUCUUCAGAAGAAAUAAUUCCGUCUGGUCCUCGACGAGAACUACGAUCAAGUUCGGGACGCCAAUCUACUGAAACGAAUACAUCAAAUCAUUAAUAAUAUGUCAUUUCCAACAUACGAACCGUUUUGUUUACCACCUAUAAAAUAUUGAUCCUGACAUGUCAAUAGUUUUGGAAGCCAAAUAAUUAUUAGGCCCUUAUUUAAUGUUACUUUAUUUGGGGCCCUUGCACAGACAUUUUUGAAACUACGUUUAAUAUAAGGCUUAGAUGCAUAGUUCUAAGAAUAAUAUUCUUGUUAUAAUGUAACUCUGUAUAAUAAUAAGACUGGAUACUCUGUGUACGAUUGUUUUCGUCAAAAUAGUAGUCUUGGUAUGUCUGGACUGAACAAGAUGAGAUAACCGGUAAAGUUAUAGUGCUGACUAUUAUAACAUUAUAGUUUCAGAAAAAAAUGAAUAGAUAAAAUUUAUUCCGGUAAAUAGUUAAUUGAUGUUUUAAUGUGUUUUUCUCAGUAAAAAGUAUCAGAUCGAUAUUUACUUAUUAACUGUAAUAAUUAAGUCGUAUCCAUUCUGGUAAUAAGUGUAACAAAAACCUUAAAACUUCUCGUUGUAUUAAAAAAUACUAUGACAAGUUGACACUUAUAAGAUCUCUUGAUAAUUCUCUUAAAAUAGUAUAAUUUUGUGGGGUCACUUUGAUGCGGCAAAUAUCUUGAUGUACCCAAUACUUUAGACUGUAACCUAAGUUAGACACAAAAUGUAAUAAUUAUUUUGAUGUUGUUACAGAACUGUAACAGAUAAAUUGACUUUAAUUUUAUUAACGUAUCUGACCUAUUCAUUUUUCGUGAACAAAUUCAUAUUUUAGCAUGUAUCUUAUUGCUGGUAUCCUUUUUGUUAUAUAGGUACUGUAAUGUUGUCCAGUUUCGAUUCGACUCAAUUUUGAAUAAUUGAUAACGGUUUUGUUUUAUAAUAGUGAUUUUUAUUAUUAUUUUAUAAUUGUAAGUGAAACACUGAAUGUGAUGAAAUUAUUUAUUACAUGUAUUCUUUAUUUUGCAUUGCUAUAUUGAUGAAUUGUAUUAUAGAUAAUUAUGUGACAAAUCAAAUAAAAAGCAAAAAAUA